UUAUCCUGCUCAAUGCGGAUGAGUACAAUGGGGGGCUUUCCUCCUUCAAAUACGCGCGUUCUCACAAUGGGACCCUUGCACGCUUCAUCCCCCACCUCUUUCCAUCAUGUAUCGUGAAUUUCCGCCCGUCGCUUUUCUCGCUGCCUUUACCCUCCUGUUACCCCUCCCAGGGCACUGGCGCGCUAGGAAUGUCGCUACACUUUCCAUCAUCGUCUGGCUCUUCAUUUCGAACCUUGCCUUCGGCAUUGAUGCUAUUGUCUGGGCGGAUAGUCUCAGUGUUGGGCCGGUGGCAAUGGUCUGGUGCGACAUAACAACGAAGCUCAUGAUCGGUUCCAACUUCUCCCUGCCUGCUGCGUGCCUUUGCAUCAGCAUGCAUCUGGAAAAAGUGGCCUCUGUGCGAUCGACUCAAGUCACUGCCUCAGAUAAGCGACGGAGACAGAUUUUCGAGCUCAUCAUGUGCUGGGGCUUGCCCUGCGUCUUCAUGGCCGUCCACUACGUUGUUCAAGGGCACCGCCUGGACGUUAUCGAGAGCUUUGGAUGUCGCCCUCCAACUUAUUAUUCGAUUCCCUCCAUCUUCCUUAUGAAUGUCCCUCCCUUUCUACUCUCUGCAGCUUCCCUGGUAUACGGUGGUCUCGCACUGCGCCACUUUAUCCGUCGGCGUGCUUCAUUCGCAGCCCAUCUUAGUGGCUCAAACUCUGCUCUCACACCUUCCCGUUAUAUCCGCCUCAUGUUCCUCUCCAUUGUCGAGAUGGUUUGGUCCCUGGCUGUAACGGCUUACAUGCUCUAUUUCACAAGCAUCAAUCUGCCCUUGCGUCCUUGGAUCAGCUGGGGAAACGUACACUCGGACUGGAAUCGGGUGGACACAUUCCCCACCGUCUUCAUCCAACAGCACACCCUGACCCUGUUCUACCUGGCCUGGUGGUUGAUCCCGAUUUCCACAUUCCUCUUCGUUGGGGUGUUCGCGUUCGGCCAAGAAGCCGUUGACGACUACAAGCGGUGCGGCGCUUUCGUGUGGGAGAAGCUCACGUUUUGGCGCGGACCCUUGGCGUCGCGUGCUACGCGUGGUAACAUCAUUUCCGGGAGUCGUCCCUCGCAGCGGACGGGCAUCGAGCUUCCCAUCUACGACGUGAAGCGCCAACCAUCGGAACUGACAUCCAUCGGCGCAUCCUCUCCAUCGACUUCCAAGUUUAAGGAGGCUUUAGAUAGCUCCUACGAUGAGCAUUCCGACGCGUAUUCUGCGUGCACUGCCGGGGAUCUCUCAGUCACCCCGUCGCAAGACAUUUUCACGCUCCCGCCACUUCCUUCUAUGUCGUCCGACAAAGCACUUCCGUCGGCCUCCCCCCUAUCUUCCAAACAAACACGACCAGUUACGUAUCCAUCAUUUGACCCGGCUCAUCGAGCCCUGGAUCCAUUUCCCCCCGUGUGAGAACACCCGCUCGUCUCAUAACACCAUACUAUCCUUAUUCCUUGUUGCUUGCAACGACCCCUCACUUGUAGCCUUAUCUCAUUUCCUUACGUGUUUACGAUCAUGUUUCAUCACGCCGUGCUCUAUCUCUUUCGUAUUCAAUGCAAUGUCGUUACGCACAGACCCUUCAAA